AAGCCCAGUCGGAAGCAUCGAAGCGGAACCAAGAUGGCCUCUCUCUCCGCUGCUGUCCGCUCGGCCGCCGGUGACUCCCUCCGCCCCUUCUCCGACCUCCGCCGCGACACCCACCUGCUCGGAGCCUCUGGCGCAGCGUCGAUCAAGUAUGCGCCGCCUGCUCCACGACGUCGCCUCGCGGUCCGCGCUAGCCGGGCGAGUCCCCGCCUCAAUGGGCGCAAGCUGCGGGUGGCGGUGGUGGGCGGAGGCCCAGCAGGAGGCGCGGCGGCGGAGGCGCUUGCGAAGGGCGGUGUUGAGACGAUUCUUAUCGAGCGAAAAAUGGACAAUUGCAAGCCCUGUGGCGGCGCGAUCCCCCUUUGUAUGGUGGAGGAGUUCAGCCUGCCUCUCGACCUGAUUGACCGGCGCGUGACCAAGAUGAAGAUGAUCUCACCCUCCAAUGUUGCCGUCGACAUCGGGCGAACCCUCGGCCCGGACGAGUACAUCGGGAUGGUGCGCCGCGAGGUGCUCGACGCGUACCUCCGGGGUCGGGCCGCGGAGGCGGGGGCGUCGGUGAUCAACGGGUUGUUCCUGCGGCUGGAUCAGCCGGAGGGUCCCAGUGGCAGCUACACAAUUACAUACACCGAAUACUCGGGAGGGGGCGCAGGGGAGAAGAGAACGGCGGAGGUGGACGCAGUGGUGGGGGCGGACGGGGCGAACUCGCGGGUGGCGAAAUCGAUCGGGGCAGGGGAGUACGAAUACGCGAUCGCAUUCCAGGAGCGGGUUAAGAUACCGGAAUCGAAGAUGGAGUACUACAAGGAGCGAGCGGAGAUGUACGUCGGCGACGACGUCUCGCCGGACUUCUACGGGUGGGUGUUCCCCAAGUGCGACCACGUGGCCGUCGGCACCGGCACCGUCACGCACAAGACCGACAUCAAAAAGUUCCAGGCGGCCACGCGGCUAAGGGCGAAGGACAAGAUCGAGGGCGGCACCAUCAUCCGCGUCGAGGCCCACCCCAUUCCCGAGCACCCUCGCCCCCGACGAGUACUGGGAAGAGUAGCUCUCGUCGGCGACGCGGCCGGCUACGUGACCAAGUGCUCCGGCGAAGGGAUCUACUUCGCUGCCAAGAGCGGGCGGAUGUGCGCGGAAGCCAUCGUGGAGGGGUCGGAGAACGGCAGCCGGAUGAUCGAGGAGAGCGACCUGAGGAAGUACCUGGCGAAGUUCGACAAGAUGUACUGGCCGACCUACAAGGUGCUCGACGUAUUGCAGAAGGUGUUCUACCGGUCGAACGCGGCGCGGGAGGCCUUCGUGGAGAUGUGCGCCGACGAGUACGUGCAGAAGAUGACUUUCGACAGCUACUUGUACAAGAAGGUGGUGCCGGGAAACCCCCUGGACGACCUCAAGCUCGCGGUCAACACCAUUGGCAGCCUCGUGAGGGCAAAUGCCUUGAGGAGGGAGAUGGACAAGAUCACCUUAUGAAACAAAAAGGAGGGAAUUUUAACGGCAAUGGCACAAAACCAGGCGUUUGCUUAGAUCAAAACGGCGUGAUUUAUUUGUAAUCUAUGACAAGAAAUUAAGCUCAUUCAAUUUCCUUAGACUGAUUAGAUAUGAGCUAUUAUUCAUCCAAUAAAAGAUGCUGAGCUAAUUUGAAGUU